AUGCCUUUCAUGUUUUCCCCAGGUGCGGUAAUUGUUGUUGCUGUGGCUGUUGGUGCCGCAAUAGCAGUAUAUGAAUCACCGCAAGCUCGACAAUUCGCGGAAGAUGUCCGUCGUAAAAUAGCACUUGCAUUACAUUCCCUCGGCGAUGAAAUCAAUCCAAGUAGUCGGCAACCUCGUUUCAACCGACCGGAGGAUGCCGAGGGUUUCUUACAGAGUGCUUCGGAAGCAGGUGUAGAUGCCGAUGAGGAUAGUAGAAGAAAACAGAGAGAGGAGUUGAUGUACUGGAAUGCAGUACGCAUGGAAAAAAUGGAGAAGGAGAAAAAUAUGAAUGAGAAAAGACCGGCAAGCAAUAAAAGUCGAAGUUCGAGUUUCGAGGACUUCUUACAAGAGGAUCCGAAUGCUGAGAAGGGAACUUUCGUUUACAAUACUGGUACAGAUUUGAAUAGCCAAGCGGAAGAGGGUCUUACUCAUCGACGAGGUGUCAGAGGCUUGGAUCGAUCGACAAUUUACGCAAACCCAUUUGCUGACGAGCAUGGUAUUGAUAUUGAGGAACAACAAGCCACGGAUAGGAAUUUAAUGUCACCUGAAGAUGGCGAACAAUAUGAAUCGGAUUCUGAAGGACUAUAUAGCGUACACGAAGGCCCAACUCGACCUCGCUCUAGACAAAGUACCGCUACUCUCGCAGCAGUAGAACCUUUGGCUCACGAAGAUACAGAGACACUCGUUGAUAUUUCGGAGCCAUUCAUUCCAGACCCACCAGUUUCUGUACCUACCUAUGAAAGCAUGGAAACCGAGCCCACUUAUACUGAAAGAGCACAAGAUACUCAGAAUCCAUUUGCUUCCAUCCACGCUUGGGCCGAUCAUACCGAUAACUCAACUGGCUUUUACUCUCCUCUCCCUGUUACACCUCACGAACGUCCCACAACUCCAACUUCCACUCAUGUUUCCCAAAUGACACCUCCGUCACCCACUUCCUCCGAUCCUGAUUAUUCCUCUCUUGAAUCUCUUGAUGGAGAUGGAAUGGCUACUCCUACAGAUUCUGCAUCAUUAGCUGGCUCAGGCGAGGAAGUUUGGCAUCCAAGAAGUGGUACUACCAGUGAAGCCGAUGUUAUGAGUGUGGAUGAUGGCAUCGUAACACCUGACAGUUGGACUGAGGUCGGAAGCUUGGCAAGUGAAGAUGCCGUACACCAUUAA